GAGUAAACCGUCCAGAAAGCGAGGGAGCAAAAUGCUGAAUCAGACAUAAUCAACCUUCGCUCAUCUGCUCCAUGUGAAGGCUGCGAACGGUGACGUUCACCCUGCAGAAAUGUGCAGACAGUUCUCCCACAUUGUGAAACGCCCUGUUACUUUUUAUCACCCCCUUUUUUUGAAGGAGUGGGACCGGAUUCAAGUCCAACACAUACACGCAAGAGUUUAAUAUGAUUGGAGAGGCUGGUUGGUUUGUUGGUUUCUGGGUCAUGCUGCCCUCUGGCUUUUACAGACAGACUGUACUGUGUGUUUAUAGAAGGAACUGCAGAAUGUAUAGCAUGGAGGAAAAGGUAAUGCGACAUGGUUUAUGGUGUAUUUACACCACUGUCAUAGAUAACUGGUUGAAGUGCCCAUUAUCUCCUCUAUCUCUGACAGAAGUGUUUUUAAACUCAGACUCACUUUCCCCUGAAGCCUCAUGUAUAAUGGGAGAUUUUAAUUACUGCAAACUCCCUGCCUGUUUACCAGGAUGUCACCUGUCCAUCCAGGAAAAUGAAGUGUUAUACUUCUGUAAAAGCAGCAUGUAAGGCUUCUCUCGCUGUUUCUGUGACCACAGCACCAUCUACAGGCCGGCUGGAGACGUGGGUAAAGACGGUGUAUGAAGGUCUGGAGUGAAGAUGUUGUUUCUAAGUCACAGGUGAUGCUUUGGUUGUACAGAUUGGUCCGUGUUGAAGGACUCAGAUGUGUGAGGAUAGGGUCACCCUGACGAAUGUCUGAGAUAGAAAACAUUCCAGCUCUGCGUCAGCCUUUUAUUUCACCAAGUAUCCCCAACGACUACAAGUCAGUUCCAGGUUUUUUGUCUUGGCUUCCUCCAUCCAGAUGGGCUGUGUGGUCCUUCCAUUGGGUUCUGGGUCUGCCUUGUUCUCCCACAAUGUGGACGAGCCCAGAACACCUCCAGAAUACUUAAAUAAUAAUGUAAUAAUAUGAUAUGCCUGAUGAUUUAUUCCACUGCAGCACCCUGAACCAUGAAUGAAGCCAUUGAAAAGAGAUCAUGUGUAUCAGUUUCCUAUAAUAAAUAUCAGGCAUUGUUAAAUACCAUGUGUGCACAUAAAACAUGGUGGAUUCAGACCCGCGUGUUGGACCACGUCCACCGCUUGUGCUGCAUUCCUCCGUCGUCUGGUCUGCACAUGAAGGUAGACGGGACGUUUUUCACGUCUGACUGGAAAAGUGGAAGAUAAAACCUGAGCUGAUGACUUCAUAAAGUUGAUCAUCAUCAUAACUUCCACUCCACUUCAGUUGGCGCAGCUUACAGCCACAGCGGUCCUGAUUGGAUUUGAUAUAAUCUGACAGGACAGGUCACACACUUGUUCUAGGUCGUCUCUCACACACACACACACAUAUGUACGAGCUGUAAACCAGCUGAGCUACCUGUUGCAUGUAUCCUCCACUCGGUUCCUGAUGGUGCAGAGGUAGUUACAGGAUUUAAAGAAAAGAGGAAGUGAUGAAACAAACUUUUGCUGCGGCGAUUUGGUGCAGAACGAAGACCUCAACAUCUCGUCAAUGCAUGGUAAGACUCCUUUAUUAGAUGCAUGAUGGGUAUUUAUGUAUGUAUGGACUGUGUGCAUGUUAGUAUAGAUCUAUAAACACCAGUAACACAAUAACACAAACUAACUAACCAACUGAGGCACAGAUAGACUAACAGCUCUCGUGUUGUUUGAGGUAUAAGUACUGUAGCUUUGAACUUUAUUGCAAAAAAGGUCUAUCUCUGUGAGGAUCCUUUACAUAAUGUUGUCAUAUACUAACACGAACAAUCUGACCAUGUCACAGGCGAAAACAAGCGCUGACGUACUUUGACUGCAUGUAUUUGCUCCAAGAAAUUGCCUUGAAACUUGUUUUGUGUCUUAUUUAAACUCGACCACCUCUAGUGGACGUACUUUGACGACAUACAGGUCUUUAAGACUUACAAACCCAACAAGUAAACCAAGUAUCUUCAACAUAAAUUACAUUUCCAAGCCUGAGUCGCUUUCAUUUUCUCACCGACGUGAGUAUUAGGACAUGUAUAAGAGGGUCACACCAGAUAAUCCUGUUGUAGCCGAUUGAUCCUUGGAGUGUUCCCAAACCUAAAGUCACCGAAACUGCUCUUUCAAGACUGUUAAACUUAUAAACUAAUGAUUAAUUAAACAGUUUCUGAUAGCAUCUGAUCUUUUCUCAAAUCCAGGGAUCCAAAACCUUCAGACCGUCUUCCUCCAGGUUCCUCUGAGCUCUGGAGGUGCUGAGCCUCGAGAUGCAAUCACAGCGCUGUGCCUUCAUCAUCUUACCUCAAACAUGGAAGCAGACACGAUGCAAAGCUCCGGACGUCCACCCUUCAUCCUUUCCUCUUUCUGUCAACUGUUUGCCACCUCCAUGCCGCACUUCUGCCCCAUCCCUCCAUGGCCUCCUGAGGUUCCUCCUGGUUCUCCUGGCCUCUCUGUGUUUACUACCCUGCCCUGCACAGGCAGCCUGGUUUAGGGUCGGGGUGGUGGGGCCGUGGGGGUGCGACCCUCUCUUUGGAAAGGCUCUCCCCAGUGUGGCGGCACAGCUUGCCAUCAACCGAAUCAACAAGGACCCCUCGCUGUCCAAAGCUGCAACGUUUGAUUAUGCUGUGCUGCAGGAGCCAUGUGAGACAUCCAGGGCACUGGAGUCGUUCAUUGGUUUCCACACCAAGGCCUCAGGGUACAUUGGACCAGCCAACCCAGCAUACUGUGAUGCUGCCUCAAUGCUGAGCAAAGGCUGGAACAAAGCGUUGUUUCCGUGGGGUUGUGUUGGUUAUGAGCUGGACGAUAUUCGGAGCCACCCAACCUUCGCCCGCUCCAUGCCCAGGCCCACCUGGGUGCUGCUAAGCAUUGUAAACUACUUCAGGUGGGCCCACAUCGCCAUCAUCUCUUCCUCAGACGAUAUCUGGGUAGAGACGGCUACCAAGGUAGCUGAUUCCUUGAGGAGCCACGGUCUACCGGUCAGACUGGUCAGUUUUAUGGAGAACACUCCUCACGGCAUCAGACGAACUCUGUCCAAGGUCCGCAAGAUGAGAGAAUUACGCAUUGUGAUCCUCUGCAUGCACUCAGCACUGAUUGGUGGUCAAGUCCAGAAGCUGCUCUUAGAGACCGCCUACGACAUGCAGUUGAUUGACGGCUCCCGGGUCUUUAUACCCUAUGACACCCUGCUCUACAGUUUGCCCUACCGCAACGUGACCUACCCGGCUCUGAAGAGCAACAAGAAGCUGCUUCGGGCCUACGACGCCGUGCUGACCGUCACCAUCGACUCACCCGAGGUGUCGUUCUAUGAGGCCUACAGAGAUGCGAUGGAGAGAAGAGAGGUGGCGAGGACGCUGAAUCCACAGCAGGUGUCCCCUCUCUUUGGCACCAUCUACAGCUCCAUCCUCUUAAUGGCUCAUGCAGUGCAUCGUCUUCAGCAAUCUAGGGAGUGGAUGUCUGGGGGAAAUCUGGCAAAACACACCCGUAACCUGGCCUUCCAGGGCUUCAGCCACCCCAUCAAAACCAACGGCUCUGGAGAAGCUCUGCUGGACUACCUCAUACUGGACACAGACGGACUCUCAUGGGAGCUGAAGCCAACAUACAGGAUCGACAUGGAGGCCGGUAAGGUGUUUUUCCUGGGUCGAGACAUCCACUUCCCCCGUGGCUACAGACCCAGGACGGAUUCCUCGUGUUGGUUUACUCCUGGAGUCCUCUGCUGGGGAGGGGUGGAUCUGUUUGUUGCAGGACUGGAUCUGUUCUCAACCAUCAGCAUGUUCCUCGGAGCGACGGCCACCACUGUUUUCGUAGCGGCGUUGGUUUACUGCAUCAGGCGCCGCGUCAAUCAGAUUCGACUGGUUAAGGGUCCAAACAAGAUUUUGCUGACUCUGGCUGACGUCACAUUCAUAAACCCGUCUCUUAGCAACAAGAAGUUCAGUCUGGAUGACAGCAGAGUCAGCGGCGUGAGGACCGCGUCCGAACGAAGCGUAACGUCGCCAAUCUCCACACAAACACCAGCUACCUACGAGAACUCCAACGUCGUCAUUUAUGAGGGUGACUGGGCGUGGCUGAAGAGACUUCCUGAUGGGACGUUCAGCACCAUCAACCCUAAAGUCAGCCAAGUGUUUGAACUGAUGAAGGACAUGCGUCAUGAGAAUAUCAAUCCUUUCCUGGGUUUCUUUCAUGACUGUGGCGUGUUCGCCAUCGUGACUGAGUUCUGCUCCAGAGGAAGUUUGGAGGACCUGCUGCUGAACGAGGACGUCAAACUGGACUGGAUGUUCAAGUCGUCUCUGCUACUGGAUUUGAUUAAGGGUAUGCGGUACCUCCACAACCGCGAAGUGUCCCACGGCCGUCUGAAGUCCCGUAACUGUGUGGUGGACGGGCGUUUUGUCUUGAAGCUCACAGACUACUGCUACACCGAAGUUCUGGAGGCUCAGAAGUUCCCCUACGUCGAACCACCAGCAGACGAGUUGCUCUGGACGGCUCCGGAGAUCCUGAGGAUUUCUGGCCAGCUGACGCUUCACGGGACGCCAUUGGGCGACGUGUACAGCUUCGCCAUCAUCAUGCAGGAGGUGGUGAUCAGAGGGCCUCCGUUCUGCAUGCUGGAUCUGUCUGCCGCAGAAAUAAUAGAGAGGGUGCGUAAGCCUCCUCCGUUGUGUCGCCCGGUGGUCAGCCCAGACUACGCUCCGAUGGAGUGCAUCCAGCUGAUGAAACAGUGCUGGAACGAACAACCCGAGAAGAGGCCAACCUUUGAGGAGAUCUUCGACCAGUUUAAGAACAUCAACAAGGGGAAGAAGACCAACAUCAUCGACUCCAUGCUGAGGAUGCUGGAGCAGUAUUCCUCAAACCUGGAGGAGCUGAUCAGGGAGCGAACGGAGGAGCUGGAGAUCGAAAAACAGAAGACGGAGAAGCUGCUGACCCAGAUGCUGCCUCCGUCUGUGGCUGAGGCUUUGAAGGUGGGCGGUACAGUCGAACCAGAGUAUUUUGACAGUGUGUCACUUUACUUCAGCGACAUCGUCGGCUUCACCACCAUCUCAGCUCACAGCGAACCCAUCGAGGUGGUCGACCUGCUCAACAACCUCUACACAGUCUUCGAUGCCAUCAUUGGAAACCAUGAUGUCUAUAAGGUGGAGACGAUCGGCGAUGCUUACAUGGUGGCGUCAGGAGUCCCUGUCCUGAACGAGAACCGCCACGCUGCCGAGAUAGCCAACAUGGCCCUCGACAUCCUGAGCGCCGUGGGAACCUUCAAAAUGAGACACAUGCCAGACGUUCCUGUCAGGAUACGUAUAGGUCUACACACAGGUCCAUGUGUAGCAGGUGUGGUCGGCCUCACCAUGCCCCGCUACUGUCUGUUUGGAGACACGGUGAACACGGCUUCUCGUAUGGAGGCCACCGGACUGCCCUACAGGAUCCACGUCCAUGAGAGUACAGUCAAAGUCCUGCGGGACCUAAAUCUCGGCUACAAGCUUGAGUUGAGAGGCAGAUCCGAAGUCAAGGGGAAAGGAUUCGAGGAAACUUACUGGCUCAUAGGGAGGGAUGGAUUCACCAAACCUCUGCCUGUUCCUCCAGAAGUCAAGUCCGGCAUCUCGAUCAGCGUCGCGGCGGCCGACUCGAAGGACGUGAAGCAGGUGUUUCACAAGGCGGUGAAGAAGAUCUCUCACGUUCGCGUCAUGACUCAGGUGUUACAAGCCCCCGAAGAGGAGGACAACGUCAUGAUGUCGCACCACUGACCGACCUCUAGUUUGCUCCAAACUCUGGACGUCUGGUUGGAUUUUCACUUCUAGAAAACUAUGAAACUAAACAGGAGUGAUCAGGAGGGGCUGAGCUUCAUGAUCCACUGAGAAAAGUUAUCAGUACGAGAAAGAGGUUAGAGAAAGUGUUCAGAUUAUCACUGUGUGUGUGUGUGUGUGUGUGUGUGUGUGUGUGUGUGUAGUAGAUCAGGUCUUGAAGUGCUGACUCAGCAAAGCUCGGAUCUACAGAGCCGAUAAUCUGUCUCGAUCGUUUCCGCCUCCUUCACUUCACGUCACUUCGUUUCCUCCGUCUGAAGGGGACAAGAAAGAUGGACUCUGUCUUCUUAGCUUCCUCCGUCAGCGUCCUCUUCCCUCUCUCCUCCUCUGCCAUCGUGUCCAUAGAAGCUGCUGAGCCUUUGCUAACGGACAGUGAGCAACACGAGCUAACGUUAUCUUAGAAAUAGAGUCCACCAUCGUCAACAAACGAUGACACAGAGUCCGAAGUCAGAGCUAACGUUAACUUCUUUCCUUCCAUACUUGUCUCCACCCUUCUUUUCUUCUUCCACCCU